AUGACCUGGUCGUACGAUACCUGUGGCAGUGACCAGAAGCGCAAGCUCUGCUGCAGCAAAGAAGAGGGAUGGAAGAACUGCGCUUGGCACGGCAAGCCGGAUGGGAAAUCUCCGUUCCUGCCCGUUCCCCUCGACUUUCUCUUCAGCAAUCCCCCAAAGGAAGAAGAAGCAGACACCGAGUUCAAUCUCAAGACGGAUCCAACUUAUGGUGGUACAAACACCGUACCAUUCUCCGAGGAACCGGACAAUGCGCCAUUUGGUUUCGUUGUCCUUACGAGUCCGGACACCCUGCAGGUGUCUCUCGACAAGCGAGAUGGUUCUCAUUGGGAGGUGUUUGACUGUUUCGACUCUAUUACCGAGGGAGAACACACCGUGAGAAUGAUGUGCACUGACCGAAGUGAACAGUCGAACUGCGACAAGAUUCAUCUCGGCCAUGGUGCGCCUGGUACCAUCGUUGAAAUGCCAGCUGGGUGCGGACCAGGCAAGUAUGCUGUGGUGAAGACCUUGGAGGUGAGCAAGAACCAAGGCCUGCCUCAUCGCCUUGUCAAGCGAGGGCUCUCAGUCAUCGACCAUAUCUACGACCUGACCUUCGACUAUCAAUUCAAGCGAGUGCCACGCGAUCUGGGUACUACUCAGAUGAGGAUUGACUUCAGUAACGAGCCCGAGUACUGGGACAACAUUGUCAACAAGACUGCGAGCGGAAAACACCGAAAGAGGCGUUUGGAAGAUGUUGGCGGCAGCCACAGGCGCUGGCUAGAGGAGGAGUGGCGCGAUGAUACUCAUUUUGGCGCAUUGUCUAUCGAGGAACUGCACAAGCGUUGGUUCGGUAGUGAUGUCGUUGACUGGUUGAAAGGAAUCAUCAAUGGAGUGUCUGGUGGUCUUGACCUUGGCCACACGUAUUCGGACGACUUCAUACUCAAGAUCAUCGACCAAAAGCUGACUUGUCCAAACAUGGCCGCCAAGCUAGAAGUCAAAGCAGAGUGUCACGUUGAUGUCGACGUCAACUAUGGCUUCACGCUUGUCGCCACGCUGGGCAAACCGGGUAGCUUCAUCGACCUCAGUGAUUCCUUCCUUUAUUUUCGGACGAAGGGCGAGGUAGACGCCAAAUUUGUUAUCGAUGCAGCGGUCACAGCAAUGUUCGAUACCGGAGACAUCAUGAUGUUUUCUGCGGAUAAAUUUGGGGCAGCUUUUGCUGUGCCCGGCAUCGUCACCAUCGGUCCCAACUUCAAGCUUUUUGGAAGACUGGAAGGUCAAGCGACAUUGGGCGUCAAAUUUGAGAGCAAGGUCAAACUCGCAGAAUGGGAUGUUCGGCAAACCUAUCCAGUCGCGAAUAAUGAUUGGAUCCCAGACGCUUCAAAGACUCCGAAGAAAAAGGGGACGCAGAAUGUGCUUGAUCCCGAGUUUGAGUACGGCGUGACGCUCGAGGGCUAUCUUACCGCCCACGUCAAACCGACGAUAACCUUCGGCAUCGACUUCAACGCAGACUUCAUACCAAUCGACAGCUGCGCUGUUAACCUUGUUGCUGAUGGCCAUGUCACUUUCCACGCCGAGCUAAAGUUGAACAGCGAUUCCUCUUUCUGCUAUGGCGUAGACGCUGGUGCCGAUCUCUAUGCGACUAUCGAUGCUCCAUCCGAGUUUGAUUGGGCGCUUCCCAGCACGCCGUACCCCAUUGUUCCCGUCGACGACGUUCAGAUUUACCCCAGUGACAAUUCACCAGCAUGCAUAGAUUUGUCCAAAAGGCGUGCUGUUGAUGACGUCCCAACUAUCGUCAACGCCUCCGCGCGAUUGGAGCGACGAUCUGGAGAUCCGAUGUCGAUCGCGCAAGAUGAAAGCAAACAUGAUCGAGGUCAUUUUCAAAAGAGGGCCCAAGUAUACGGCCCGUUGGUACCUCGCUUGGAUGGCUUGAAUUGUCCCGGCGCCAUUGAUGUGGGCGACAUACCGCCAUGUCCGCUGUGUGGCGACGAUGACGACGAAACCGUAUCAAAACGCGCUGAAUCUUGCUGGCUCGAUUCUUACGCCAAAGGUCCUACGUGUGACAUCGACAUCAACGAGAAGCGUGACGCCGAGACGGGCAACAAGAACGGAAGCCUGACGGACGACGAUUACAGUGCCCUUGAGCAAAUGCAAUGGAUUGAGCAACAGCAUCAUCUGGAGAAGCGUGACCCAGAGAAACUCAUCAAGUGGGAUGGCAUACCGCUGCCCUGCGGGCAUUAUAGGUAUUGCUCUGAAGCAAGCAAGCAGAGUGGAGUUAACAAGUGGUUCGGCUAUCGAGACUUAGACGGUCCGUGUGAAUUGGAGGUGGUCAAACUCAAAGCCUCUGAAACAAACACAAACCUAUACGCGAGUAAGUAA